AUGUAUAGCCCCGCCAAGAUCCGCAACUCCGGCCUGCGCGAGUACAUCCCUCCUCCGGACCUGGGGCGCUCUGAUGACAGCGUAGUCGUCAGCCACAUGGGCCAGGCGAUGGGGGGCGCACGCCUGGGCCUGGCGCCUGCAGCGGCGCCUGCUCACCAGCAGCAGCCGCCGCAGCCGCAGCAGCAGCAGCCGCAGCAGCAGCAGCAGCAGCAGCAGCAGCAGCAGCAGCAGCAGCAGCAGCAGCAGCAGCAGCAGCAGCAGGGUGCACUUUGGAAGGGCGCGGUUGGUGAGGACAAUAUUCUAAUGGAGGACGUGGGCAGUGUUUGA